AUUGUUACUAUUGUAGGAAAAAGAAGAAGAGGAAAACAAACGAAGUGUUCAUUGAAAAAUCGUCUACUUAGCGGCUUUGAAUGGACUAGUACCUGAAUAUAAAUUCGAGGGAAAGCUUUAGUUUGCCCAUUCCAAAAGUGGGUGUCAUUAAAAUAGGCGGCUAUUGGCGUCCUGGGUCAAGCAGCGUUGGGAACUAUGGCUGAAGAACCGGCGGCGGCUGGAGCUGGAAGUGGGUAUCGGGAAUUCCGAGGAAAAGAUGAAUUUCCGUCCAACAUGUUGCACGGCAUAUUAGCUAUUGCGAUGUGGAUUGGAUCUGUGCAUUUCGACAUCUUUUUGCUCCUUUUCUCCUUUCUAUUCCUUCCUUUUUCCAAAUUCCUCAUGGUGCUGGGGUUUCUAUUGAUUUUCAUGGUUCUUCCUAUCGACCCGUACAGUAAAUUUGGCCGGAAGCUGUCUAGGUAUAUAUGUAAGCAUCUUUGCAGUUACUUUCCCAUCACUCUCUAUGUUGAGGAUUUUAACGCCUUCAAUCCUGAUCGUGCUUAUGUUUUUGGUUAUGAGCCACAUUCCGUUUUGCCGAUUGGAGUUGUUACACUCGCUGGACAUACAAGUUUCAUGCCUCUUCCUAAAAUUAAAGUCCUUGCAAGCAGCGCUGUAUUCCAUACCCCAUUUUUGAGGCAUAUAUGGACAUGGUUGGAUGUGGCACCAGCAUCAAGGAAAAAAUUUUAUUCCCUAUUGGAUGCCGGUUAUAGUUGUAUUGUAGUACCUGGUGGAGUGCAGGAGACAUUUCACAUGGACCAUGAUUCUGAGAUUGCCUUCCUUAAGGCACGAAGGGGGUUUGUUCGCAUAGCCAUUGAAAUGGGGUGUCCACUGGUCCCAGUUUUCGCCUUUGGUCAGUCAUGUGUCUACGACUGGUGGAAACCAGGUGGGAAGUUAUUCCUGCAAGUUUCAAGAGCUCUCAAGUUCACUCCAAUGAUAUUUUGGGGAAUUUUUGGAACUCAUUUGCCGUAUCGAAGGCCAAUGCAUGUUGUGGUGGGUAAACCUAUUGAAUUGAAGCAAAAUCCUAAACCUACUGCUGAAGAGGUCCAGGAGGUGCAUGACCAAUUUGUUAAAGCACUUGAAGAUCUCUUUGAGAGACACAAAGCUCGGGUCGGAUAUGCUGAUCUUCCAUUAAAGAUCCUUUGAGCGAAUCAUGCUUUGUUUAUUUGCCAAUCCCCUAUAUUUGUGCGAUUCAAGUGCAAUGUGUUAGACAAGUAACAUAGCUGUAUAUUCAUGCAUCUCAAUAGGCCUUUUUUUGUGUUGUAUGGUUAUGAUCUGCAGGUAACUCUUAAACUCAAUUAUCAUGUAGUCAUUGGAAAGCUUUUAGAAGCCGUUUUUAUUGUUAAUUGGGUCAAAAGGAUUUGGCAACAUCAGUCAAAAAAGUCAAUAAAAUAUACAAUCAUGAUUAAAUUUCAA